AUGCAACUCACACUGCUCGUCCUCGCCGCGAGCGCAGCCACGUCCAAUGGCCUCGCCGCACCGGUAGCGAACCCCGGCGCCACGACCUCCCAAGGCGGCCUCUUCGCCGCCGUGGCUGCCAAAAACGCGGAGAUGUUGGCGGUGAAGGAAGGGAAAAAGCUCAUCAAGGACGUCAAGAAGCUGCCGGCCGCGCCCUUCAGCAUGAUGACCGAGAAAGGUCCGACGCUGGCCAAAUUGCUCGAACGGGAGGGCUGCGUUGGUGUCCCGGAGGCAUUAACACCGGAGACAGCCGCCACCUUGCGCGCUUUUGUGGAGGACCGGCGGGACGUGGCCAUGGCCGAGGUCGAAGAGGGCGGCGCGCCCUUCGAGUCGCGCUUCGGCGGCGUGAACUGCCGCGGGAAAGGCGUGUUCGGGACGCGGCAGGACCUGUACCAGCCCGUCGACGCGCCCGAGGUCCGGGCGGCGUUAUCCGAGUUCUUUGAGCGGUUGCGGCCUCUACUCGAACCGCUCGUCGGCUUGGACGCCACCUUGCACGAGAUCUCGUCGCUCGUGGCGGACCCCGGCGCGCCGCGCCAGUGCAUCCACGCGGACACGAUCGUGCUGCCCUGCCCCCAGUACCCGUCCGCCAGCAUGGAGCCGCUGUACACGUGUUUCAUCGCGCUGCAGGACGUCGACGACGACAUGGGCCACACGCUGUUUUUACCACAAACACACACGGACCACACGCUUUGGAACGUGCGGCGCCAGGACCAGGAGACCUACAUCUCGUCCCGCAAGGCCGUCCAGUCAAAUUUACAAACGGGCGACGUCGCGAUCUUCGACUCGCGCGUGCUGCACUGCGGCCUCGGCAACACGUCCAAUAAAAGACGCAUCCUCUUCUACUGCACCGUGUCCGCCCAGCACGCCUGGCCCCUGCCCGACGGCCUCCACGGGUCGAACUCCGUGCUGCCGGCCGACCGGUCGCGGUGGCGCGUGCGGGAUUUUCUCUCCGAGUAAAAAGUGUGUGUGUUUUGAUCGUGGCAAGCUGGGCGCCCGCGGUUUAGGAAAUCCGUGCUAGCGGCCUAUAAAGCCACUAGCAAGCUUCCUCAGGAGCUGCCCACAACGUUGAAGCUUUGAAGAGCUGUCCACGCCGCUUGCUUGCACGCGUAAGUUGAGCCCCCCCCCCUUACCCCGGCGCGCGCCGCGCUGCAGCUUCGCGCUGCCCCUAGCUCCCGCACCCCGAGCCGGGCGGCGCGCGGAUGACCGCAGCGUAGGUACACCUUUUUUGGGGCGCGAUGAACGUCCUCGAUGCAUGCUGGCACCUGCUCUCGAUCCUCGCCGUCGCCGCCGCGGCAGCGGACGCGCGCCGUCAGCUCCCGCGCAUGAGAAUCAAACCGCACCCGACGCACUGGUUGAUUUACGCACAGGUCAGCUCCAGUACGCGAUGGAUGAUGAGACCAUCCGCACGGCAGUGACCCUAUAUUUUACGGACCGCUCCGCCGCCGACGCGACGUACGGCAAAAUAGAGACGUGGGACACGUCGGGGGUGACCGACAUGUCGGAGUUGUUUUGCAAGCUGACGAGCUGCGCCUACUACAACUCCGGCGCAUCGAGCUUCUUUGCCGACAUCAGCGCGUGGGACACCUCCGGCGUCACGGACAUGCACGGGAUGUUCAAGGGCGCGAGUACCUUCAACAAUGUCAUUUCGACCUGUAAUGGCUGCGCCGGUAUAGUGCACGACGGGAAUAUCGGCGGCUGGGACGUCUCGAAGGUCACGGAUAUGAGCAACAUGUUCGCGUACGCCACGAUUUUCAACCAACCGAUCGGCGGCUGGUGCGUCCACAACGUCGAGAACAUGAACUCGAUGUUCAACGUCGCCUCGGCCUUUAACCAGGACCUCAGCAACUGGCAGGUCGCCCAGGUCACGGAUAUGAAGUGGAUGUUCGACCGCGCCGAGGCCUUCGACCAGGACCUCGGCUGGUGCGUGGACGACGACGUGGACAUCAGAACCGGUCAAUCCAAGUGUGACGCGACGUCGUGCGGCGUCGAGCAGAAGGAAGACGCAAGCGAAUGUCCGGCGAGUCUCGCGACUUGUGCCGCGCUGGGCAGCGACGGCGCCAAGGCCCGCUCCGUCGCGUUCGGCCUCCUCGUGACGGUCGCCCUCCUCGGCGUCGCGUUCUAAGUCGAGCAGCCCCCGGCAUCCACCCGCGUCUUGGCCCCUCCCGUCGCCCGCAAGCCCUUCCCUUCGCGCGGAGCAGACAAACUAAUUAAUUAUUGACUAUUA